GAGUCAAACAACAAAACGAUUAACGUUAAGCUAAUUAAGUUUGUACCUACGUCCGAGAAACUCGAAUGUCUUCGUAGAGAGAUUCUUUCGAACGGGCGCAAAAUUCGACUCUUAGUCGCGCACGCGAUCGAACGCGAUAUCAAAAUGCCUGGUGGUGUAGUAUUUUUAGUGUGCAUUCCUACUUUGAAUUACGAGCACGAGCUAGUUUUUGGUAUCCCCGUGAAACGGCCGAAAAAACCUGAAGAACUUAUCCCCGCUGUCGUCGGACCUAAAGUCGAUUUACGAUUGAAAGAAGUGAAAACGAAAGCACAACUUCUUACGCUCGACGACGACCUGGAGAACGAGGCUGCUCUCGUUGGCGACGAUGACACCGACUUGGACGUUUCAUCGCGAAAAUAUUCACGUGCUCGAGCUGCUCUUCGUUCGAAGACACCAAUCUUCGUUUCCAUGGAAACGGUGUUGACAGAAUUGCUGAAAAAACUCAAAGUGGAACACGUUGUGUGGUGCAAAGACAAGGAGAACAUGUACUACGAGGUCAUAUUCCCAGUUCCUGCUGGCGAUGCGUGUGAAAAUUGUAUACAUUGUCUCACCGAGAUGGGCAUCGGAGUCAAAAUGAAUUCCAUCGUUAGUGUAAUACCGACUCAGUGUACCUACAGUAGCGUGGGACCUAACGGAUCUACGACGAUCAAGGACGAAAUAGCUCGCAGGAAAAAAGAGGCUCAGGAUCAGAAGGAUGCUUGGACCGAUUUCGUGGAUUCUAUACGUUCCAAGUUGACGGUUAAGCAAGUGGUGGAUGGCGUUCGAAGUGGUGGUGAUCUUUCUUUCGAUUACGUUCUACUGGUGCUAACGGCCGAUUGUUUAGCUGCGUUGGGCCUUGUUGAAAACAGUGCGACCAACGUGGUAGCGGCCAUGUUGGUAUCGCCUUUGAUGGGACCCGUUAUGUCUUUGACCUUUGGCACGAUAAUAGCAGACAGAAGUCUUCAGUUGGUUGGAUUGAAGAGUCUCUUGUUAGGUAUAUUCUUGUCUAUACUUUUUGGAUUUAUAUUCGGCCUUAUUCUUGGAACGACGGAAAUGCCUUGGGGUUACAACGAUUGGCCGACCGAUGAAAUGAAAGGCAGAGGUAACUACAGAUCUCUCUGGAUGGGUGUAUUGUGGGCACUUCCUUCGGGUACGGGUGUAGCCGUUGCCUUGUUGCAAGGUAGUAACGGGCCUUUGAUCGGUGUUGCUAUAUCCGCUUCGUUGUUACCACCGGUCGUUAAUUGCGGCUUGUUUUGGGCUCUUGGAUGCAUCUGGUUGAUAUAUCAGCCUAUCAAAAUGCCACACAUAAAAGGAGAAUCUUAUACAGACUUCAAUAGUUCUUACGUAUACGUUUAUACCGAUUAUCUGCCCGUGGAGUUCUUCUGCAAUGGGAUCAUCAGUGCAUGCUUGACCUUUAUUAAUGUAAUGUGUAUCUUCAUCACGGCGAUAAUAGUUCUCAAGAUUAAGGAAGUAGCAGCGCCAUAUACUUCUACACCGGAAUUAAGACGAUUCUGGGAACAUGAUAUACGUUUGGUUCGUGAUAAAAAUAUUUCCAGAGACAACAGUUCUCUGGAUUCAAGCUACUAUGACGGGUUGAGCAAAACUAAGCAAAAAGUAUUAGAACGAACUCUAAACGAAGCCGUACGCGAGGCAAUCGACGACGAAACCUUUAGACAAGUUCAAAGAAUGAGUUAUGGACAUGGAGCAGAAGAGAUCACUCCGAAACUUGGCCUUCCUACACACGUCAGUACCAAUGACGGCGAUGAAAGGUCAAGCGACGAAAUAAUGGCUCGUUCCACGAGCGCUGAUCAUCCACCAAAUGGUUUACCAGAUUCUACAAGUACCAACGAAGACUUGGAGGCUCUUGAUAGACUGAUCACAUAUCUUCUGGGUCAGCCAAGUGGUACUGCUAACAAUAACUUGGAUACAUGGCGCCGAUCGCGUCGAGCGAGCGCUAGAGGUUACAGACAACUGCAUGGAACUGGCGCAGCUGCUGAAGCUGGUACUGUUGGUACAACACCUUUGUAAACGAUUCGAUAAGACGAGCGCGCGUGUGUAUGUAUAUGUGUAUGUAUAUAUAUAUACACGUAUCAUAAAAAAUAAAAUACCAAUGUAAUUAGAA